CGCACCCCCCACCCCCCGCCCCCCCGUUGCUGACCCCCACUCGCCGGUGGUCUCAUGGCGGCGGCGGCGCCGCCGCGCUCUCUCUCCGCGGAAUCGAGGAGGACCGCGCUCGGCGCCGUGGCCCUCCCCGCGCUGCGACCCGGGGCUAGGGUUCGCGCGGCACGGCCACGCGAGGAGAAUUUUCAUACCCAUCGCUUGCUGAUGUCGUCUAAUAUGAAUUCAAGGUCGUCAGUGUGCCCUCCAUGCAAUUGUGCUCAAAUGGCUUUGGCUGACACAGGAAUUUUUUAUCAGCCUGAUGUUGGCAAGCAUGCUGGAGUUCUGGCCUAUGAACUGGUCCAAGGGAGCCUUGUGCAGUGGAAUUCAUUUAUGGACAAAUCGAUACCUGAUCCACCAACAGCUGUUCUCCUUCAUGGCAUCCUUGGGAGCAGGAAAAACUGGGGAUCUUUUGCAAAGAGGUUGGCUCAGGAAUUCCCGAUGUGGCAGUUUCUCUUGGUUGAUUUGCGCUGCCAUGGCGACUCAGCAUCAAUUAAGAAGCGCGGACCACACACUGUUGCCUCAACUGCUCUUGAUGUUCUAAAGCUGGUAGUGCAGCUCAGGCUGGCCCCUCGGGUUUUGGUUGGUCACAGCUUUGGUGGAAAAGUGGCCCUGAGUAUGGUAGAACAAGCUGCAAAACCACUUGCUCGUCCUGUUAGAGUAUGGGUCCUUGAUGCUACUCCUGGCAAAGUUCGUGCUGGAGGAGAUGGCGAAGAUCACCCUGCUGAACUUAUUGAAUUCCUCAGAAGAAUGCCUACGCAGGUUUCUUCAAAGCAGGAGGUUGUCAAUGCUCUUGUUAAAGAACAAUUUUCUGUGGAUGUUGCACAGUGGGUGGCCACAAAUCUACGUCGGAGCAGUCCAUUAGGUCAGCGAUCAUCUUCAAGCUUCUCAUGGACUUUUGACCUAAAUGGCAUCUCUGAGAUGUACAAGUCUUAUGAAGAUACUAACUUAUGGAGGAUUGUAGAGAAUGUACCAAGGGGGGUUCAUAUUAAUUUUCUAAAAGCUGAACGGAGUUUGCAUAGAUGGGCUCUUGAAGACCUCCAAAGAAUUCAUACUGCAGAAGAAUUAGCUGCAGAUGAGGGUGGAGGAGUUGAAAUGCACGUGCUUGAAGAUGCUGGACACUGGGUUCAUGCAGACAACCCAGAUGGUCUGUUUCGGAUUCUUUCAUCAACCUUCCGAGUCGAGACUACCAUAAGAGGAAUGCAAGAUUAAGUACCAAACCAUAAUUUGACCCAGUGAUGAUAUGAGCUGAUGCAAUGACAUGAAUAGAAUACGUGUAUAAUACAAGAAGGGAGGGGGAAACUGUCAGCGAUGAUGCUAACUGCAAUCAUUGGCAUGUUUGUUCAUUUUGUUCAUUCUUUUCCUGUAUCGCGUGUGUAACAUGAUAGCCAUCUACACCUGUGCUGUUUCUUCGAGGAACAACCAGUUAUUUUAUCUUUUAUACACUAAACGAAUGAGAAACAUUUUCAAGCUCGUCUCAGUAA